UUUAUUUGAGCACUGUUACGCUUAAAGGAGCCAGAAUGAAGGUGCUUUGUGCGAUUACGCUUCUCUGUAUGGCUGUAUGUGUUCUAGCCAAGGACCCUUUGACAGUUGAAAACUGUGGCAAGAGCUUCGUCAGUCCGAGCGCCGAUCGUAUUGUAGGUGGAACGACUGCACCCCACGGGCUGUAUCCAUGGAUGGUGUCUCUGUACGAACGAGACGGUUUUUGGUAUCAUGCUUGUGGAGCUAGCAUAAUUAACGAGCACUGGGUAGUCAGUGCUGCUCACUGCAUCGAUUUUCCAGACUAUCCCCUGAACUAUAAAAUUUAUGCCGGACUUCACAAGCAGUCUGACAAGUAUCAUGAUGCUGUCGAAGUCUACGUGAUAUCUGAUAUUUUUCUCCACGAAGAUUAUAACAGUAUUACCAACUCGAACGAUAUAGCCCUUCUUAGAACAAAAGAGAAGAUCAAUAUUGCUGGAUCCAAAGGGUACAUCAAUGGAAUUUGCCUGCCCCAGGACAGUAAGGAUCCUACUGGUGAAGGCCAGAUUUGUGGAUGGGGCCAUGAGUGGUCUAACGGACGCAAUUCGGAUGUUCUGAAGCACGCAACUAUACCGUUGGUGGACCGAAAAACUUGCAACGAUGCUUACGAUUACAAUCCUCAUGACAACGAAGAUGAAAUACUGGAGAACAUGAUAUGCGCAGGAAAAGAAAACUUAGACACUUGCCAGAAUGAUUCCGGUGGUCCCUUGUCCCAGAGAGACAAGAACGGCAUAUCCACCCUCAUCGGCAUCACUUCAUUCGGAAAAGGCUGCGGAGAGGAUGGAUAUCCUGGAGUCUACACCAAGGUGGGCUACUUCCGAGACUGGAUGACGAAGACCAUUCAAUCCAGAGACCCCCUAUACUCUUGAACAUUCACUUGACAGUUGUAUAAAAUAUCUGUAUUCCAUCAAUAAAAUAUUCAAAAAGAG